UAAACAAAUUAUAACGACAAGUUGUUUGAAUUAACUAAAGUCAUAAAUGGCUUCAUCAGGAAAGUCUCUCUUAGUUUCUGCAGUGUUGCUGGUCUUGGUUGUGGCACAUGGGACCCACAUGGCUAGGGCACAGAGCGGUGCCUGCUCAAACGAGCUAGCUAACCUGAAUGUUUGUGCACCCUUUGUGGUGCCUGGUGCAGCCAACACAAACCCUAAUGCUGCAUGCUGCAAUGCACUUCAUUCCGUGGACCGUGAUUGCCUAUGCAACACCAUUAGGGUCGCUUCUCAACUCCCUUCUCAGUGUCAACUACCACCACUUGCUUGUGGCACAAAUUAAUGCUUGUUAUGAAGUGGAUGCUACAAGAUCAUGAAUAAUGUUGAAACCAUCCUCUUGGUUUCUCUUUUGUUUUGCUUUUAAUUUGACUUUGUCACUUGGUUUCUAUGUCUUUGAAGAAACCAUACAAUGUUAUGUAUGACAAAAGGAAGUGAAUGCGAGUGAAAUAAAGAUGGAAGUUUCCUUUGUUUUUGGAAAGGCA